CUACAGCAGCUGUGUCUGUUUUGGGUUUUGACAUUUGCCAAGUCACACCGGGUCAGUGUGAUCGUCCUGUGCUAGUCGGUAGCUGUGGAAAAAAAAAUAUUUUCAGCAGUUUUAGCAGCACACUGCCACCAUGUCAGCGUCGGUGAGAAACACAGGGAGGGCGACCAACGGCAGUCGACUACCAGCCGUGAACUCGGCUUUGAAGGUCCGGUCAAAAAAAGAGCUUGGAAUGUUGAAGGGCGCCCUCACUGAGCAGCUGCGCCAGGAUAUGAAGAGGUUGUUGGAUGACGGCACCUUUGCAGACCUGAUAUUAAUUGUCGAGUCGGAGAGAAUCGCAUCGCACUUGCUGCUCUUGCGGUUUCGUCUGGCCGAGUUUGUUGCGUCAGUGGUUGAGCCUAGGAUGGCCGGGAAGGAGGGAGAUGCUACCGUGGCCGAUUUGUCUGGUCUGGGCGUAACUGCCAUGGAUCUGAAGAACUUGCUGAGAGCUGCCUAUACAGAAGACAAUGCCAUCCCUUUCUGGAAUGUGUUUCGGGACACGAUGAAGUCACAUGACGCAGCUGAACCAAUGGAAUGCGAGGCGACCAAAGUCGACUCCGACCAACGUAUGGACAACGAAGAACACACUUCAGAAGCCAGUGGAAUAAACGAUCAGGUAUCCGUCCAGCCACAAGAGGUUGCUUCAGUUAAAAAUCCACUGGAAAUGAAUGAGGCUGAUGCUGGGAACCUGACCGCUACUACAGGUGAAUCAACCAUGGAAGUUUGUGAGUAUGUUGGCUUGGAAACCACGGCGGGGGUAGAACCAGGCACCACAGGACAGAAGGUUCCAGAACAGCCAAAUAUAAAAACCAAACAAGCUUCGGACCGAAGUCAAUCAGGCAAGAGUCCUAAAAACUCCAAGUUUGCGAACAAACGUGCAAGAACGCACUCCGAGAAGUCUGCCAAAAGUGACCACCUGUCUGCAGAAGCCAAGCCGAAGUCUUCCAAUACCGACAACAGGUUGCCUGCUGCGGCGUGCCAUUUAGGCAGGGAUUUAUUACGAAUUUUCACCCAGGAUUCUGGUCAUGACAUCAUCAUCAAAGUGGAUGGGAAGGAGAUACCUGCACACAGAUUCAUGUUGUGUGCCAGAUCACAGUACUUCUCCGCCAUGCUGGAGGGAAGUUGGAGAGAAAGCAGCUCAUCGGAGGUUGAACUCACAGGGUUUAGUCAUGCUGCAAUGAUGCUUGCGUUGCAGUUCAUCUAUGGAGGCGCUUAUGAACUUCCAGAUGGCAUUGUAUUAAGGGAAUUGCUGUACCUGGCGGACAUGUAUGGCCUGGACGUGUUCAAGAAAGUCAUUGAGCUCAAGCUGAGAAAGGACUACUGCCAUUUCUUCCAUAAGCCUUGUAGUGUGUGCUUAGAGCGCAUCCCAGAAUGCCUUGCGUUAACCUCUGACCUCGACCCUUCCAAUCUCUGUGAUGAUAUCUUCAGCUGGCUGAUUCAAUAUCUGGACCGUGCCUGGGCCCAGAAGACUUUUGCUGCUCUACCUCCGGACUUGCUCUUCAAAUGCAGGGAGUUAACGGUCCAGUCAUUCUCUCCUGAAUCAGCCGUCACACUGCUUCUCCAGAUAGACAAGCUGGUCUGUAGCCUACCUCAAGUUAGCUGGACCAAGGCCGUUCAUUCUGCAGCCGUACAUCUGCAAGACGCCUGCGUGCAGUACACUGCCACGAUCUUCAUGGAGAUCGUCAAGCAAACGGAAUUCUUGAGUCUGCUUGAGGGCAUGAAUUGGAAGAAGGAUCUCCUGGAGCCAGUCUUUAAUCGCGUGGUGCCUUCUAUGACGUCAGACACGGCCAACGCCACGUUCCUCGCGUUACAUUCCCUCCAGGCUGUUCUGACCGAGACCUGUGAACCGGGAAGCUGGCAUCCGGAUGCGGUGCCCAUGGUCAAUAAGUUAUACUCACAGUGCUACAAUUUCAUGGUCAGCAACGCCAAUCGCAUGGCCCAGGCCAGAGGCUGGAAAGGACUACCUGAAGAUCUUAGAAAACGGAUCAAAGAAGAGGGGGUAUUUAUCGAAAGUCAUGGGAAAGCGCCGGCCCGUAAGCCGGUUCUAAGCAGCUCGUUAAAGGGCAAAACCAAAUCUGGCGCAAAGGGGACGUGAGAAGCCAGCUGAAAAUUUGGAAGGUGCUUUUUCAGAAAACUGUGGAAACUGCUUACACAACAGUGCUGACGAUUUCAGCAGGAAAGCUGAGCCAGCCCUUAGUGUAUUAAGUCAGUGUGUAUUAAACAUUACAUAAAACAAAUUAUUUCUUAAAGGGAAUAUACAACACUUGUGAACAUCAAAAAACAAAUCUACCAAAUUAUUAUGAAAUACGUUACUGGACUGUUGGUGAACGACAGUCUAAAGC